GUCGUCCUUUUCUGUGCCAGCUGUGCCGUCGGUAGCUGGGAUGAUCGUCUAGUUUGGCGCCGUCCAGCCCAGGGCGCGCGUCCUCGCGGGUGAACGAUCCCGUCAGCGGUCCUGCGCGCGCGCUGGCAGGCCCCCUCCUCUCCUCUCCUCUCUCGUCUCCCCUGUGUCCUCCCCGUUGUCGGACGCGUCUGUCCGUCGUCUCCCGAUUCUACCACAUGGAGGCAAUCGCUUACGUCCCUGCCCCGCCUGUACCAUUACCAUGCCGCUCAGCCGAUGGCUUGAUGAUCAGGAACAGUAUUUCAUCGGCGAGAGCGUCUACAUUGCCAUCGUCGUCGUCUUCAGCAUGUCCAGCACUAUCGAGAGGAACAGUGCGCACUCUUCCUGGCCACCGCGGCCGGGUUCUUCCUGAAAGUGAUGGUUUGCUCCCCUUCUCUUGCUGCAGUCCGUCAUCGCACUCUCUGUCUCUCUCCUUCUCGUCGUCCUCGUUGGCGGCAGGCUCGCGGUGUCUCCGCAGCCAUCUCUCACCAGUACUCGGCGGAGCGGAGCCGAAGCUGUCCUCCACAACCGGCGGCAAGUCCUUCCUCACCCCGCGCAUUCUCCCUGGAAGGAGGCGCCAGCAUCUCGAUCAGCUAUUGAUAUUCCCCUCGCCGACGACGAGGGGCCACCCCGGCUCCUCCUCUCCAUUCACAGUUCGCGCAGCAUUGGCCAGUGACAGCUUGGUAGCGACCAUGGCGAACCAGCAGAGUCUGUCUCGUGUCGGGCUAGUCGGACUGGCCGUGAUGGGCCAAAACCUUGCCCUCAACAUUGCGGAGAAAGGGUUCCCUAUCUCUGUGUACAACAGGACGACCAGCAAAGUCGAUGACACGACGCAGCGCGCCGAGACCGAGGGUAAUCUGCCCCUAAAAGGGUUUCACAAUGUGAAGGAUUUCGUUGCGUCCAUCAAGCGGCCGAGAGCUAUCAUCAUCCUGGUCAAGGCCGGCUCUCCCGUCGAUCAGACCAUAGCCGCGCUGAGCGAGCACCUGGAACCGGGGGACAUCUUGAUUGAUGGCGGUAACGAGUGGUAUGAGAACACUGAGCGGCGGGCCAAAGCCGCGGCGGAGAAAGGCCUGAUGUACUUGGGAAUGGGAGUGUCUGGCGGAGAGGAAGGAGCUCGACACGGCCCGUCGUUGAUGCCCGGAGGCUCCAAGGAGGCCUACCAACACGUCGAGGAGAUAGUCAAGAAGGUGGCGGCGCAGGUAAAUGACGGCCCGUGCGUGACGUACGUGGGAGAGGGAGGGUCUGGCAACUUCGUGAAGAUGGUGCACAACGGCAUCGAGUACGGCGAUAUGCAGCUCAUUGCGGAAGCGUACGACAUCUUGAAAACCCUCGGUGGACUGAGUAACGAGGAGCUGCAUGACACGUUCGCCACGUGGAAUAAGGGAGAAUUGGAGAGUUUUUUGAUAGAGAUCACCGCAGAUAUAUUCGCGGUGAAGGACGAGAGAGACGCUGGCGGGAAAUCUUAUCUAGUGGAUAAGGUUAUGGAUAAGACCGGGUCGAAGGGAACGGGGAAGUGGACGGUGCAGCAGGCGGCGGAGCUGGGCGUCGCAGCGCCGACGAUCGCGGCAUCGUUGGACUCGAGGUACCUGAGCGCGCUGAAGGACGAGAGGGUGGUGGCGGCGGAAGCGUACAGCGCGCUGGAGCUUGGGGAACCGAGCGCGGUACCGGGGAUUGACAAGCAGCAGCUAAUCGAUGACGUGAGGAAGGCGUUGUACGCGUCGAAGAUCACCAGCUAUGCCCAGGGGAUGAACCUAAUUAGGGCAAAGAGCAUCGAGAAGAAGUGGAACUUGAACCUUGGAGAGCUCGCGAGGAUAUGGAAGGGUGGGUGUAUUAUCAGAGCAGUGUUUCUUGACCGGAUCAAGCAAGCGUACGACAGAAAUGCAGAUCUUGCUAGCCUGCUGAUGGAUCCGGAAUUCGCCAAGGAGAUGACGGAGAGACAAGCCUCGUGGAGACGAGUGGUGCAGCUGGCCGUUGGAGCGGGCCUGGCCGUGCCGGGGAUGACCUCCAGUCUGGCGUAUUUUGACACGUACAGACGGGGGUCCCUUCCGGCUAAUUUGAUUCAAGCGCAGAGAGAUUACUUCGGAGCGCACACUUACGAACGUGUCGAUGAGCCCGGGUCCUUCCAUACGGAGUGGAGCAAGCUCGCCAAUUCCGUCUAGGUAAAUAUCAUAGGUAAAUAUCAGAGGUAAAUAUGUAAGAAAUCAAACGAGAAGAGAGAGAGAGAGAGAGAGAGAGAGAGAGAGAGAGAGAGAGAGAGAGAGAGAGAGAGAGAGGAGCCGGUUUGUUUCAUGCGGAGUGGAGCAAGCUCGGCAAUUCCGUCCAGGUAAAUGCAGUAUGCAAGAAAUGAAACGAGAGAUAGAUAGAUAGAUAGAUAGCGAGAGAGAGAGAGAGAGAGAGAGAGAGAGAGAGAGAGAGAGAGAGAGAGAGAGAGAGAGAGAGAGAGAGAGAGAAGCAAGCUCGGCAAUUGUUUAGGUAAAUGCAGUAUGCAAGAAAUGAAACGAGAGAGAGAGAGAGAGAGAGAGAGAGAGAGAGAGAGAGAGAGAGAGAGAGGUGGUUGGCCGUUGCGUUGAGGGAAAGCAGGGAGCUCUCUGGAUGAGCCACGUUGCGUCCAAGUGGCUUGUAGAGACGACUACGAUUUUCGCAGCGCGCUUCCGGAGGAGACGGGCCUCGUACCGAUUUUCUCAGUCAAGAGGCGGCGAAAGUCUGAUUGUCUGUUCUUCGGCUUGCUGCCGGCCUAAUCGGCCGUCUUACGAGACUGCGAGAGGUCAGUUUUGUCGUGUUGUCUCGAGGGGAAUAAGAAGUUGCAAGCUGGCGUGUGUUCGGACGACGAGGCACGUUGGCCACCAGCAGAGAUCAGUUUCUUCCGCAGAUCGUUUGUUGUUUGGAUUCUUCCGGCGCAAGUAUUCCUUCUUCCGGAGAGGCGGGUGACGUUGCUCCGAUCACGAAAGGAUGGCACCAAAACUGUGGUUCGUCUCUCGCGCGGGGCGCGGGAAGCAUCUCAGUUUGCGCCUGGAUUGUCGGCGGGUGGUGUGAUUGUCAGCUGAAGCAAACUUAGAUGCUCUGUAUUGCCGUUGGAUGCUUCUGGACGGAAAGAAGGAAGGAGACGGAUCAGUUUGUGCUCUGUAUUGCCAUUCAUCUAGAGACAGCUGACAAUCCUGUCUCUAGUUCAAACUGAAGUAGACGGAAAGGAGGAAGGAGACGGAUCAGUUUGUGCUCCUGUAUUGCCGUUGGAUGCUUCUGGACGUGCUAGCAGGUAUUAUUUGAGUUUGAGUCUGAGGCGGCACUAGCAGGUAGCAGGUAUUAUUUGAGUCCGAGGCGGGAAAGGCCGGGGGAAGACGAGCCGAUUACGACGAUGAGAACAGGUCCUGUAGUGAGAGUAUGUGUUGCUCCUCAGAUUUGGCGUAGUGUUGGCGGCAGGUGGAGCUCUUUUCACCUCUCUCUCGUUGCGUACAUUUUCCAGGUGUUCUGAGGUUGAAGCUCUUUUCUCCUCUCUCUCGUGGGGUACACUUUGCAGUGUUUUUCUUGGUUUGUCGUGUAGUGAUACGGGGCUGCUUUCGGAUAACGAGUGAAAAACCUCGUUGGCGUGUCAGGUCUCCUCUCCCAUGAGAGUGUGCUGGAGCGGUCGCCGUUUUUUCUGCGACUGGCCAGUCUGACGAGUGUAGGCGGGUUCCUGUGAUUUCCCCCAUGCAGCAGCUUUCCCCCGACUCCGACGUGGCCGCUGCUGAUCACGACACGUGGCGGUCUAGUUCUCUUUGGUCGGGACGGAUCUUAUCUAUGUCGGGAUUAUUGCAUGUGAAGCUCCCGCUGAGGUGUUGCCGGGGGUUUUGGUAUGCUUUUCCUCGCAGUUUACUAUUUUAGGAAAGAAACGUUUAGUGGAAGGAAUGCGACACACCGAGAGCACGUGUUGACGUGCGGGUGCUGCGGAGACGUGGCAGCACUGCAUCCGUUAUGGUCCCAGAGGUGGACAUACGGUUGAGCACGUGUCGGCAUGCGGGUGCUGCGGACACGUGGCAGCACUGCAGCCACCGUUAUGGUCACAGAGGUGAACAUAUGGUUGGUCUACCUUUUGAGUGUGUAGCCAGUAUAGGGUUUUAGUAAAGGGGGCGAAGAAUGUCCGAUGAUCAUGACGAUGCAGCAUAUGGGAGUCGUUUCGCCUUAUCAGGGUAGGAGGGAGGAGGGGGAGAGGGAGGAGCGGGUCGGCUGCAAGUACGAAGCCUUCUGCUCUCACUGUGAGUCACCUCUCCCCUUUCAUGUCGGGCGGGAAGCUGGGCCCGUUGAUUUGGAGUCGCUUUACUUGAUUGCCUCAUGGGGGCAGCACCUUUCAUGGGGGGGAGGGGGGGGGGAGAGGAGCGGGUCGUACGAAGCCUUCUGCUCUCACUGUGAGUCCAGCAGCACCUCUCCCCUUUCCUGUCGGGCGGGAAGCUGGGCCCGUUGAUUUGGAGUUGCUUUACUUGAUUGCCUCACUUGUAGUGUAUAGUUCUACUUUCAGCGUAUAGUGAACAUUUUUCUGUGUAAUUGGUUCCAAAUGAUGGGAUUUGUAAAAUGGAAGUACGAAAAAUUGCAAUUGUGAGAUGUUCCACGAGGGCCUCACGAAUAAAUUUUGGAUAUUUUUGGGAUUAGUUUGCGGAGCUGAGGAAAAGAGGAAGAAGAAAUGUUAUACCUUUCACGGCCUUUUGGCUAAGAUUAAGUGUAGUAUCUGUUCUGAUCAGUUUAAUAUCUGAUCCGUGGUCCAUCGGGCCACUACGAUAUUAAAUUAUUUUUCUGGGCUUCGGGAAAAAAAAAAAAAAAAGAAGAAGAAGAAAUGUUGGGUGGUACAUUGCUCUGUAAGCCACAUUGUGUUUACCCGAUACCAUCAGGAUUC